AUGGCUAAUCUUCAUUUCCUUUUCCUCGGACUUGUAGCACUUUCUUUCUCGGUUAUGUCCAUGGCAGCUGAUCAAAGCCCUCUUCAAGAUUUUUGUGUUGCUAAUCCCAACGGCCAAGGUACAUUUGUGAAUGGUUUGGCUUGCAAGGAUCCUAUCCUCGUUCAAGCCAGUGAUUUCUUCUUUAGUGGAUUACAUUUGACUGGCAACACAUCCAACCCAGUGGGAUCCAAAGUGACUGCUGUUAACGUGGCCCAAAUUCCUGGACUCAACACUCUUGGCAUCUCCUUGGCUCGUGUUGACUAUGCACCAUGGGGAAUCAAUCCGCCUCAUACCCAUCCUCGUGCCUCGGAAAUCCUGACAGUCAUCGAAGGCCGCCUAGAAGUGGGUUUUGUAACAUCAAACCCCCAAAAUAAACUCAUAACUACAAUCUUGAACAAGGGCGAUAUAUUUGUGUUUCCCGUUGGGCUUAUACAUUUCCAAAGAAAUGUUGGAGAUGCUAAUGCUAUUGCCAUUGCUGCUCUUAGUAGUCAGAAUCCAGGAGUUAUCACAAUUGCGAACUCUCUAUUUGGGUCUACACCUGAUAUUAGCAGCGAUAUUCUUGUCAAGGCUUUCCAAUUGGACAAAAAUGUUGUGACCAAUCUUCAAUCCAAGUUUUAG